AUUCUCUGUAAUUCUCGAUUUUUUCGAUCAAAACUUGAAAAAUUAGGGUUAGGGAUUUUGAUUUUUUUUUUCCUGAAUGUGAAUGCGGUGCGUUUCGUGUAGCAUUAUCUUGUUGUUGAUUUUGUGAUCGUUGCGGUGGUGAUGGCGGAGGAGCGGAGGUUCGGCGUGGGCUAUGCGCUGGCACCGAAGAAGCAGCAGAGCUUCAUCCAGGACUCGCUGGUGGAGCUGGCGAGGUCGCGCGGCGUCGAUCUCGUCCGGAUCGACACCGAGAAGGAGCUGGCGGAUCAGGGGCCGUUCGAUUGCGUGCUCCACAAGCUGUACGGCCAGGAUUGGAGGCGCCAGCUGGAGGCGUUUAGGGUUAAGAACCCUAAUGCGGUGAUCGUCGACUCGCCGGAGGCGAUUGAGCGGCUGCACAACCGGAUUUCGAUGCUGCAGGUGGUGUCGGAGCUCAAAAUCGAGCACGAGAGCGACACGUUUGGGAUUCCGAAGCAGAUUGUGAUAUAUGAUAAGGAGACGCUGUUUGAUCGACCGGCUUGGGAGGGGUUGAAGUUUCCGGUGAUUGCGAAGCCGCUGGUGGCUGACGGCAGCGCCAAGUCGCACAAAAUGGCUCUGGUUUUCAACCACGAGGGGCUUAACAACCUCAAGCCGCCGAUUGUGCUUCAGGAGUUUGUGAACCACGGCGGCGUCAUUUUCAAGGUGUAUGUGGUGGGAGGCUAUGUGAAAUGUGUCAAGAGGAAGUCCCUCCCGGACGUCUCUGAGGAAGAGAAAUUGGGGAGCCUGGAGGGUUUGCUUUCGUUUUCGCAGGUUUCGAAUCUCGCCACCAAUGAGAGGACUGAUGAUAAGUAUUACAAGAUGAUGCAUUUGGAUGAUACUGAGAUGCCCCCGCAGAGCUUCAUCACUGACAUUGCUAGAGGGUUGCAGCGGGGUUUGAAAUUGAACCUCUUCAACUUUGAUGUCAUAAGGGACGCCAGAUUUGGGAACCGCUAUUUGAUCAUUGACAUCAACUAUUUCCCUGGCUAUGCCAAAAUGCCUGGUUACGAGACUAUCUUGACCGAUUUCUUUUGCGAUAUAGUGCAAAAGAAAGAGGAAGGUGAGGUGGAGAAGAUUGGUUUGGAGAGCUAUGAGGCCCUUAGCUGUGACAAGGAAGUUAGGAAAACUUUAAGCAAUGAUGGGGAUGAUGGUGCUGUUCGGAACAUAGACGAGGACCCAAUUCAAGUCUAGAAGGUCUUGUGGCUGUGGCUACUGUUGGGUUGGCGGUAUUGGAUGGUUGGAAAUAAGUUGGGCAUUAGGUUUAGAUAGCAGUUGGGGUACAGUGCUGAAAUGGGUAGGUUGGUUCUUCGUUUUAGCUUAACUUCUUGACAACAAGAGUACAUGCAGUUCAGCAUUGAACAUGUAUAUUCCAUCCACCGAUGCCUCCAGAAGGUACUUAUCAAAAUACUCUGCUGAAGUUUUAGCCUUUUAGGAAAGUCAAGUUGUAAUCUGAGGCUUUGAAAUCUUUCCUUUCGUAGAAACUGUUCUAGUUUGUGCCAUA